AUGGCCGGCACAUCAACGGAUCCUCGUCCUGAUCAGGACCGGCCACCUUCUUCCGAGCUGCCCUUGGAUCGACUUUCCUCUCCCACCAUUGGAGAAAACUCGGGUGAAGCCCCUGGCGAGCCCUCCACCGAACCUUUCGGCGCGGCCAGUAUCGGUGCGGCCCAGUAUCAGAAUACCCAGGAUGCCCAGGAUGCCCAGCCCGUCUACAGCAGGCCUUCUAUCCAGGAACCAGAGUUUGACGAGAAGCACCAUCGUCCAACUCGCCUCGACACCCUCGCCAAUGACCUGCACCGCACCGGUUCUCACCCCCAUUCGCACAACAUCAAGUCGCCAUCGAGUGCCCGCGCCGACGCCAACCGCCUUGAUGACGACCUCGCCCUCCUCCGCGUCGAGCAGCGCAUAGCCAGCCAAGAACAGCUGGAUGCUUCUUCCGCCACCCGCUCCAAGAGCAUGCGCGCUGUCCGCAAUAUCGAUCGUCAGGAGACCAGUGUCGAAGACACCUUCAACCCCCCCAUUCCCGAACCCCCUCCAGCACCGAUCCACAAGAAGUCAGACACACCUCUCCUCAAGUUCUUCGCUUUUCUCAAAAAGUUCCCCCGUUUCGUCCGCUACAUCGUAUACCUCAUCCCCGGGGGGGCCCUUCUCCUCAUUCCCGUCCUGCUCGGCGCCCUCGCCAUUGACCAGGAUGCCAACCCCAUCGGUGGUCUUGGCGGCACCCAGCUCAUGUGGUUCGGAAUCUGGCUCGAGAUUGUCUGGGGAUCCCUAUGGGUGUCACGCAUGGUCAGCAACAUCGUCCCCCACAUAGUCUUCGGCAUCGCCAAGCUGUUGGGAUCCAACAGCGCCAAGAAGUGGAGGGAGGUGGCCCAGGUCCUCGAGCUUCACUUCGCCUUCUUCCUCUGGAUGCUCGCCAUGCUCGUCUCGUUCAAGCCCUGCAACGACGACCACCGCGUCUCCGUCCCCGCUGACAGGAGGGACGACGUCGACGUCAAGUGGAUCAACAUCGUCUUCAAGGUCAUCAUUGCCUUCUUCGUCCUUGCCGCCCUCAACUUUGUCGAGAAGAUCUGCCUCCAAUGGAUCGCCGCUGCCUUCCACGAGCGCACCUACGCCACCCGUAUCGACAACAACAAGGGAGACAUCCGCCAGCUCGUCAAGCUGUUCGAGCAUGCCAAGGCCCACCUCAGCGAGACAGACAGCUUCUGGCACCAGAGCGACAGGGCCGACAUGAGUGGCACCCAGACUCCCAUGCGCGCCCUGCACGAGAAUGCCCGCCAGGUGCUCGGCAAGGUCGGCCAGGUCGCUGGCAAGGUCGGAAACGACAUCAUGGGCCGCAAGACAGACACCAACCAGCCCAAGAAGAUCGUCUCCGAGCUGCUGCGUAACUCGAGCUCCGCCCACACCCUGGCCCGCCUCAUCUACCGCAGCCUUGUCCGGGAGGGCGAAGAUAUGGUCUACCCCGACGACAUGCUCAGCGCCUUUGCCGUCGCCGAGGAAGCGGAUGCCGCCUUCAACAUGUUCGACAAGGACCUCAACGGCGACAUCUCCAUGGAUGAGUUCGAGGCUGUCACCAAUGAGAUCUCGAUGGAGAAGAAGGCCAUCGCCGCCUCCCUGAAGGACCUCGAUUCCGUCGUUAAGAAGCUCGACAAGGUCUUCCUCUUCGCCAUUGUCAUCAUCGUCAUCAUCAUCUUCGUCUCCAUCAUCUCGGGUUCCGCCGCCGCCGGCCUCGCCUCGGCCGGCAGCGCCGUCCUCGGCCUGGCUUGGGUCCUCCAGGCCACGGCCCAGGAGUUCCUGCAGUCCAUCAUCUUCGUCUUCAUCAAGCACCCCUUCGAUGUCGGAGACCGCGUCACCAUCUACGGCUCGACCGGCGCCACGCUGACCGGCGACGACUACUACGUGACCGAGAUCUCCCUCCUCUACACCGAGUUCAAGAAGCUGCAGGGUCACGUCGUCCAGGCCCCCAACUCGCUCCUCAACACCCUCUUCAUCCUCAACCAGCGUCGCUCCAACGGCCUGGCCGACCCCGUGCCUCUCCAGAUCCGCUUCGGCACCCCCGCCUGGAUGAUUGACGAGCUCAAGGCCCGCCUUCUCGAAUUCUGCGCCAACAACAAGCGCGACUUCCAGACCACCAUCCUCGUCGAGCUGUCCGCCAUCACGGACACGCGCUCCGCUACCCUGACCGUUGUCUUUAUCCACAAGAGCAACUUCCAGAACGAGCUCCUGCGCCUCGCCCGCCACAACCGCUUCAUGAUGGAGCUCAUGCGCCAGAUGCACGACAUCGGUAUCCAGUCCCCGUACCGCAUCGACCCCGGUGGCAGCCGCGACCACCCUCUGUACUGGGCCGGUCCCCAGUAUCCGCCCUCGUACUCGAGCAGCAACGACCAGCCUCCCCCUCAGCAGCCCCCCCCCGUCGCCGACCCCGUCACCAACCCCGUCGCCGACCCCGUCGCCAACCCUGAAGGUGGCACCUCCGAACCGUACCAGAGCAUGCCCCACCGUCCGUCGGUCUCCAGCAGCGCUCGCGCCGGCGUCCAGGCCGAGGCCAAUCUGUCGAGCGUGGUCAACGUGGCCGACGUGUUUGAGAACCGCCGUGACCAUAUCCAAGCCACCCGUCUGGCUUCGAUCAGGGAGAAGGAGAGGGCCGCUGCCAGAGGCGAGGAAGCCAGGAGGACGUCCGAGUCCGAGUCUCGCCCGAGCGCCAGCGCCUCGGGCGUGCAGCCACCAUCUAUCGCUGGAGCGUCCUUGGGUUCCAUUGCUCGAUCCCGCACCAACAUCUUCCGCCCCCGCAGCAACUCCAGGCACAGCGCUGGACCAUCGGAUGGUACCCAUAUAGUGUAG